GAUCAUUCUUCUAUAUCCAUCUGCAACAGUACUGUGAACUUUGAGAAAGUCGUUUGUCUCGAUCGUUUGUCUGCGCUUCUUUCAACAAAGGGAGUGAUCUUGAUUACGAAUCCGUAGCUGCUAAUCAUCUCGAUAUCAGAUUCAUCAUGCAAAUCUUCGUGAAAACUCUCACUGGGAAAACCAUCACCCUUGAGGUAGAAGCUUCUGAUACAAUAGAGAAUGUCAAAGCGAAGAUACAAGAUAAAGAAGGCAUUCCUCCUGAUCAGCAGCGGCUGAUCUUUGCUGGAAAACAAUUAGAAGAUGGCAGAACUCUUUCUGAUUAUAAUAUUCAAAAAGAAUCCACACUUCAUUUAGUGCUGCGUCUUCGAGGAGGAAUGCAAAUCUUUGUGAAGACUCUCACUGGCAAAACCAUCACCCUUGAAGUUGAAGCUUCAGAUACCAUAGAAAACGUGAAAGCCAAAAUCCAAGACAAAGAAGGAAUUCCACCGGAUCAGCAGCGUCUGAUUUUCGCUGGCAAACAACUUGAAGAUGGCAGAACUCUUUCCGAUUACAACAUUCAGAAAGAAUCCACGCUUCAUUUGGUUCUGCGUCUUCGAGGAGGAAUGCAAAUCUUUGUGAAGACUCUCACUGGCAAAACCAUCACCCUUGAAGUUGAAGCUUCAGAUACCAUAGAAAACGUGAAGGCCAAAAUCCAAGACAAAGAAGGAAUUCCACCGGAUCAACAGCGUCUGAUUUUCGCUGGCAAACAACUUGAAGAUGGCAGAACUCUUUCCGAUUACAACAUUCAGAAAGAAUCCACGCUUCAUUUGGUUCUGCGUCUUCGAGGAGGAAUGCAGAUUUUUGUGAAGACUCUCACUGGCAAAACUAUCACACUCGAAGUCGAGGCUUCUGACACAAUAGAAAACGUGAAAGCCAAAAUUCAAGAUAAAGAGGGUAUUCCUCCCGAUCAACAACGUUUAAUUUUUGCCGGAAAACAAUUAGAAGACGGACGGACACUUUCCGAUUACAAUAUUCAGAAAGAAUCCACGCUUCAUCUGGUUCUGCGUCUUCGAGGAGGAAUGCAGAUUUUUGUGAAGACUCUCACUGGCAAAACCAUCACCCUUGAAGUUGAAGCUUCAGAUACCAUAGAAAAUGUGAAAGCCAAAAUUCAAGACAAAGAGGGAAUUCCCCCGGAUCAACAGCGUUUAAUUUUUGCUGGAAAACAAUUAGAAGACGGACGGACACUUUCCGAUUACAAUAUUCAGAAGGAAUCCACGCUCCAUCUGGUUCUGCGUCUUCGAGGAGGAAUGCAGAUUUUUGUGAAGACACUCACAGGCAAAACUAUCACACUCGAAGUCGAGGCUUCUGACACAAUAGAAAACGUGAAAGCCAAAAUUCAGGAUAAAGAGGGUAUUCCUCCCGAUCAACAACGUUUAAUUUUUGCCGGAAAACAACUGGAAGAUGGUAGAACUCUUUCUGAUUACAACAUUCAAAAAGAAUCCACGCUUCAUCUGGUUCUACGUCUUCGAGGAGGAAUGCAGAUUUUUGUGAAGACACUCACAGGCAAAACUAUCACACUCGAAGUCGAGGCUUCUGACACAAUAGAAAACGUGAAAGCCAAAAUCCAGGAUAAAGAGGGUAUUCCUCCCGAUCAACAACGUUUAAUUUUUGCGGGAAAACAGCUGGAAGAUGGCAGAACCCUUUCUGAUUAUAAUAUCCAGAAGGAAUCCACGCUUCAUCUGGUCCUGCGUCUUCGUGGAGGAAUGCAGAUCUUCGUAAAAACUCUUACAGGUAAAACCAUCACUCUUGAAGUCGAAGCUUCAGACACCAUUGAGAAUGUAAAAGCAAAAAUCCAGGACAAAGAAGGCAUUCCACCUGAUCAGCAACGUCUGAUUUUUGCCGGUAAGCAAUUGGAAGAUGGCAGAACUCUUUCCGACUAUAAUAUUCAAAAGGAAUCUACACUUCAUUUAGUUUUGCGACUUCGCGGAGGGGCACGUUUUUGAGUCGCAGAUCCAGAGAAACGUUAGUAGUUGCAAAUUGCAUAGUAGUAGUAUCAUAGUAGUAUAUAUAUUUUUUUUUUACCUAAGUUUUCAAAUCUAUAUCUAUGCUUUUUAUGAUAUCUUCCAAAAAUUAUUCGAAAAUGUGAUAAGAAUGUAAUUAAAUUGUAAUCCAUUAAAAUAGAUACAUUCUUAUGCAAUUUAAGCAUUAAAUUAUAUUCAGAAUUGA